AUGCCACAGAAGAAAGGCCCCAAAGGUCUUCGCGCCAAAGUCAUCUCUGAGAUCCGUGCGACGCAGCAACAAGCAAGUCCCUCUGAUAUCGCGGUCAACGAUGCCGAACAACCGUGUUCGUUCAAGUUCAACAGCAUGCCACCGCCUCCUUACUCGCAUAGCACUGCGUUGCUCUCUAAGCAGACGAUCGACACUUGUGUUGAGUUCUACUUCGGUAACAUGCCUACCACCGCAUGGAUUUUGAACGAACACUCACUUCGUGAGAUGAUAACCUGUCGUAUUGCAAGCGACGCGGAGGUUUAUUGCUUGGCGGCCUCACUAUGCGCUUUUGUCAUGGUCCAACCUGGCAUGAGCCUUGCGGUUGGGCCUGGGAGCCACUACAAGGGUGAGCCUCCAGAGCAUCGGUACGGAUAUGCCAACAUGAUCCUCGACGAGAUUUCUCGGAUCCGGAAAAACAUUGAUUACGUCGGGGCACCCACGGUGAAUUCGAUCCACAUCUCGUUUUUCUUGUUCAGCUGCUAUUUCACACUCGAAAAGCAGAAUGUAUGCUGGUACCAUCUUCGUGAAGCAGCAACCCUGGCUCAAAUCAUGGGGAUGCAUGACGAGUCGUCCUACGCGAAUGGCGACGAUGUCGAGAACAUGUACAAAAGAAGGAUGUACUGGCUACUGUUUGUUACUGAAAGGGCAUACUGCCUCGAACGUCAUCGGCCAUUGACACUCCAGCCAACCAUCGAACUUCCGGCCCCUCAAGACAUCGGAGAAACAGAGGUCAUGAACGGGUUUCUUUACUUGAUCAGUCUAUUUCGGUGCAUUGAUGACGAGUUUAUGGCUCUAUGGAAUAAAUCUAAAAAGCGGGCCUCAGCUGCAUGGCUGUCAGAACUGCAGCAACAACUCACGGACGCCCUACCACCAGAACUGAAAACGACGGAAGGUCAAGCAGCAGAUGUGCGUAUCACUUUUCAUUGGUUGAGGGUUAUGGUAUGGCAGCUCUCCAUCGCAAGCGGAGCCUUAUCCUCCACUUCCAACAAUGUGUCCAUGACAUUUAAAUACCCGAUCGAUGUGGCUAGCGACAUGAUCCGCGACAUUGAGGCCUUGUCCAAGCAAUCCAUGGAGGUACAUGGCAUUGGACUCAUUGAGAAACUCUUCGAUGUCGCUUGUACUUUAACGGAUGUUAUUUCCUGCGUUCCUUUGGGUCCUUCGGCUGAUGGUUCAAGGUCCAGCACCGAAUUGCUCGACCGAUAUCUGAAGCUGAUUUCGCAACUUCGCGGUGGCUCAUCUCGUUAUCUACCCUUACUUCUAGCAAAGGUUUCCGAAACCAUACCUACAAUUACGCCACCUGCCGAGGCCCUGCGCAUGAGCAUCACACAAGGUUACGCUGGUGCGGCCGACAAAAUAUCAAACACCGUGCAAUACACAUCUUCUACAGAAAUCGGCACUGUGAGAGCCUCUCUUCUUCCUCAAACACACCGGCCAUAUGGCUCUUACAGCCCCAGCACUUCGGCUAGCGAGGUGAAUCUCACACCACAAAGUGUUGUGACUCCACCAAUGUAUUCUGGUCCCGCUGGCCUCGGUGCACAAACACAACCUCUUCCUCCCCGCAGUCGGCCGUCCAUGGCAGGAGCUGCUCAGAGAUGA